AGCCAAAUGUCAUUCGGUGUGUGUUUACGUAAAUUUUAAUGCAGAACAUUUUUUAAGAUUUCUUAAAACUUUAAAUAAAAACAUUAAUAAUGAAUCAAGCCGAAGUGACCAAAUUAAUGUCUCAGCUGCGUUUUGCUGUUAGACCCAAAAGACGUAACUUAAAAAAUCCCGAUGGUCCGGAGGGUCGCCUAAUGAAAUUGAGGAAAACAGUGACAGCUCUAGUCAAAAAUGAACGCAUAGAAUUAUACCACAAUCGUGCCGAUGAAGCCAGAGGCUAUGUGGAACUGUUAAUCUCUGAUGCUAUACGUCAUGGCGAUCGCCAUAAGGCCACCAUGGAAUUGGCCGAUUAUUGGCUGCUGGAAAAACAAUUGGUUCAUAAAUUAUUCAAAGUUUUAGCACCACGCUAUGAAAACAGCAAUGUUUCCUACACACGCAUGUAUAAGGCACCCCGUGACUAUCCCGGCAUGUAUUAUCAAAAAGCCGUGCUGGAAUUAAGAGGCAAUCCUUAUCCUUCUCUUUUGCCCGACUUCUCACAAAAUCGUAAUUUUAUUCACAAUGUGCUAUUGGAUGAGGCUCGUAAGGAUUAUAGACGUGAGAAAUUGGCUGAUAUGGCAACAAAACUAGCCAAUGAGUCAACGGAUGCAGUGAAAGAACAGCCGAAAGAUACAAAGCCGUCUGUGGAAGAGAAAAAGGAAUAGUUUAAUGUGUUGUAUUUAAUAAUUGCUAUUAGUUAUUUUCUUUAAGAAAAGUUUUAAAUUUAAUUUGUUAAGAGAGUAAUAAAAAAGUGAAGUGAACAACUUUAUGAAAAUCAGUUUUGUGAAAUGGAA